AUGGGUCGUCUUGAAAGCAAGAACUGCAUCAUCACCGGAGGCGCUGGCGGCAUCGGUCUCGAGACCGCCAUUCUCUUUGCUCGCGAGGGCGCCAAUGUUCUCCUCUGCGAUAUCUCCGGCCCGGCGCUGGAGAAGGCUUCGGCCAAGCUGAAAGAGAUAGUCCCAGAGGCCAAGAAGGUUGAGACCAAGAUUACCGAUGUUUCCAAGGAGGCCGAUGUAAAGGCCAUGGUCGAGCACGUGGACUCAUGGGGUGGUCUGGACGUCCUGUUCAACAACGCAGGUAUAAUGCACGCCGAUGAUGACGAUGCUGUCAACACACCCGAGAAGAUCUGGGAUUUGACACAAGCUAUUAACGUCAAGGGUGUAUGGUUUGGCUGCAAGCACGCAGUCAACAGCUUCAGGAAGAACGGCAAGAAGAAGACGAGUGUUAUCAACACCGCAAGUGUCGUCGCCUUGGUGGGUAGCGCAACACCACAGCUUGCAUACACAGCCAGCAAGGGUGCCGUAUUAGCCAUGACACGGGAGUUGGCAAUGGUUCACGCACGUGAGGGCUUCAGAUUCAAUGCGCUGUGCCCAGCACCAUUGAACACACCACUCUUGCAGGACUGGCUUGGUGACGACCAAGCUAAGCGUCACCGUCGCGAAGUCCACUUCCCCACUGGCCGCUUUGGUGAGGCCGUCGAGCAGGCCCAAGGUGUUCUCUUCCUCGCCAGCGAUGAGAGCAGCUUCGUCAAUGGUACCGACUUUGUCAUCGACGGUGGUAUGACCAGGUGCUACACCACACCUGAGGGCGCGCCACUUGAGGCGCCCAAGAACAACGCACGAUGA